UCAUUCGACACAUUCUUGGCCGCAGUAGAACGCAGUGAAAAAACAGUGAAUUUCGUCUAAAUUCAGUGCAGUUGAGGAAUCUACUGGUGGAAACAAUACAUCCCUGAAGUCGGUUCCGGAAAUAGCUAUGUGGUAAGAGUUCCCACUGAGACGGCGAUUUGAAUUUAAAAUGGAUCUUUCGGAGGCGAUGAAGAUUGCGUUGGCCAAGAGCCACUCAGCACAGCAUGCCGUCGCUGCCGCCGCAGGCAACAAUGGCAACGCCUCCGCCCAUGGCAGUUCCAGCGGGGAUCAAUCCGGCGCUGGAUACGUUACGGAAAAGCUGUACAUGCUGCUACAGUUGUAUCUACAGAACAAGGGCUGGAGCCCUUCGGUGGAACUGCUGCAGUGUUUUGCCGAGUUGAAGGAUACGCCGGUGCUCCCAAAUGCGGCUUAUCUACAGAUGCUGGCCAGUCGAGUGGCACUGGAUGCCCAGGGCCGGUUGGUGCUGAGGGAGUCCGGUAAAAUUAUACUACCAUUCGAGCACUUUGCGAAUGCAGUCAUGUUGAAGCACAUGUCCGGACCUCACGGAUUGCAUCUGAGUGUGGAAGCUACCAUGCGGGCCGUUAUGGAAUCCUACACCAUUGGGCGGGAGAACUUGGGAAUGGAGAAAGAAUUUAUUGUAGAAGUGGUGCACUCGUGUCCCAGUCCGGCUUGCCGAUAUUAUAAGGGACAGAUGGGAGUGGGCCCAUUCAUAGAACAGUCGUUCAAUCCGGGAAGUCAUAUUAAUUCGGAUUAUCUGGCUCACUUGCAACAGUUGGGCCAGUCAGGAUUGGAUAUUGGAGCGGUUGAAGCUGCCGGGAAGGGGGGGAUUAGCAAUCAAGUGAAGAUACCGAAGACUACUCCCACACAACAGCAGCAAAUUACAGCCGCCAUUAUUCAGCAACAGAACAGGGCAAUGGCUCAGCAGUCGCUCGAAAAGUUUGGAAAUCUUUCGAAUUUGGAGAAGCAACGAGUUCUGCAACAGCUGGACAAGAAGCAUUACGAGGUUGCUCAAUCGCAAGUUCCUAGCUUGCCAACGCAGUUGGUGCCUGCCAGUAAUAGCACUGUCAUCCCAGCACAGGUCACCGUGGGCAGCCAACAAGCAGCGGCAGCAGCAGCAGUUUUAUUACAACAGCAACAACAGCAGCAGCAGCAGCAGCAGCAGCAACAACAACAACAACAGCAGCAACAGCAACAGCAGGUUCAAACAAUAGAUAUUACCCGUGCUCAGCAAACAUCGACUCCGCACGUUGUCCAACAACCGGUCCAGCAGCACACGGCGGCUCCCUCGCAGAUAGCUCACGCGCACUUCCUAAACCAGCCGCCCCUGCAGACGGUCAACAUGGACACCGGCCAUAAGUUGUCGGAUUACAUGCGCGGUGCGGUCGAUCCGCUGGAGAACGUUGCCACCAGUAAGGAUCUGCUGGCCCUGCACAACGGGGCCUGGACCGGGCAGGAUGGCCGCGUCGGCGGCGGCGAUGGCCUAGUCGUCAGUCAGGACAAAAUCAUCCGCGCGUUCAGCGAGCUGAUGCGCAACAUUGGCCGGAUGAAGACAUUCAUCCGUCCCAGCAUGUGCAAGCCGUACGGGAAGCAGUCGGAAAGUUUGCAGAAGACACUAUUCGACACCAUUCAGCUGGUUCAGUCACUGAGAAAUUGCCUUCCGGCAUCGCAUAUCCCGGUAACGUCGUGGAAGAGCGAAACGCACACCGGCGGCAACGAGUCGGAAACGGUUUAGAUUCGCUUUGCGGAGCGGAAGGAAA